AUGGGGACGCUUGGGCUGGCUGCGGCCCAGAGUCGCCAGGAAGCCCGCGAGGGCGCCUCAAUCGCAACAUCUGACAGUCCAUCCUUGACGAUCAUCACAGAUCUACUCACCCAAGAAGUUCCUCCGGUCUCCCCUCGAAGAAGGAUUCCGGCAUCUGCGCGCAGCAUUGACAGUGUUGUGUCGCACUUUGGAAACAUUCAUCGGUUAUGUUACGAUAACGAUCCUCCGUCGCAGUCGAGGUCAACCUCGCUCGCGUUCACUGGCGACAACUCCGCCUGCAGUUCCAAGCGGAUGCCGCCAGACACAACCAUGAAGAGAGUUGAUGAGACUAUCGAUGAAGAGAGGGAAGCCUUCAUUCCAGAAAAGGCGUCUGCUCCCAGCUCUGCAGACUCUCGUCCUUCUUUAGAGAGUUCCUCGAGUGUAUCUACCACGUCAUUAGUUCUGGAGAACUUGAACACAAUCAAGCCCGUCACAGACCCAUUGCAGCCGUCGCAAUACCGGGACAAUGAUAGCGACCUGGAAUUGCCCCGAAGCAAUGACAAAAGGUACGCGGCUGGCGGACAGCAUAUAUCGAGAGGGUUGCGGCGGGCACUAUGGAUCACCGCGCUCGUGGCCAUUAUUGGUUGGGCGUUUGCUCUGUUCGUCUUUUUGGCAGGUGGUCAGUUCAAACACGCGUCCGCGUUGGACUAUGACCAUGAAACACCUAUGAAAGGCUCGGGAAAGAGGAUCACUCUCGAACAAAUACAGAAGGGACAAUGGCAGCCGCGGUAUGCCUCCAUUGCCUGGGCGGCUGGUCCCAACGGCGAGGAUGGCCUUCUUCUGGAGAUCAACCAACCGGGCAAGGAUUAUCUGGUUGUUGAGGACAUCCAUAGUCUCAAUUCUUCAGCAAGAAGCACUUCCGGAAACACGACUUUGCUCAAGAGUGGAUGGAUCCAAUAUAAUGGAACGCAAGUGUGGACCGACGACUUUUGGAUUAGUCCAGAUAUGAAGCACGUCCUCCUUAUGGCGAAGAGAGAGAAGGUGUUUCGGCACUCCUUCGUCGGGCUUUACUUCAUUCUGGAUGUCGAGACGCAGAAAGUUCAGCCCUUGGAUCCAUCUUUGCCGGAUGCCCGGAUUCAACUCGCGCAGUGGUCUCCUCAGAGUGACUCUGUGGUAUUCACAAGGGACAACAAUCUCUAUUUGAGGUCUUUGCAAUCCGAUAAAGUCACCGCUAUCACCAAUGAUGGGGGUCCGGAAUAUUUCUACGGUAUUCCUGACUGGGCAUACGAAGAAGAAGUCUUCGGCACGAAUACAGCCACUUGGUGGGCGAGGGAUGGUCGCUAUCUUGCCUUCCUGCGCACAAACGAAACGGUUGUGCCCGAAUAUCCUGUCCAGUAUUUCCUAUCAAGACCCAGCGGAAAGAAGCCCGUCGAAGGCCUGGAGAAUUACCCUGAAGUCAAGGAGAUCAAAUACCCGAAAGCGGGAGCACCAAACCCGGUGGUUGAUAUGCUGUUCUACGAUAUCUCUAGGGGGCAGGUUUUCACGGUGGACAUUGCCGGCGGUUUUCCCGACGAGGACCGCAUCAUCUUCAACACUGUGUGGGCAGACAAUGGCAAAGUGUUAGUGUCCGAGUCGAAUCGGGAAAGUGACCGUGUCAGAGUGGUUUUGGUCGAUGUUAACACACGGACCGGACAGACUGUUAGGACAGUUGACCUCAGAGACGUUGACGGGGGUUGGAUCGAACCUACACAACACACACGAUAUAUCCCAGCAGAUCCGGCAAAUGGUCGACCUUUCGACGGCUAUGUUGAUACUGUUGUUGCCGAGAACGGCAACCACCUGGCCUAUUUCUCUCCCCUGAACACUUCAACGCCUGUCAUGCUUACGAAGGGGGAAUGGGAGGUGGACGGCGGACCAGCUGCGGUUGACUUGAAGAACAACUUGGUAUAUUUUGUCGCUGCCAGAGAAGCGCCAACGCAGCGCCAUCUAUACAGCGUAAAGCUUGAUGGAUCAUCAAUGCAGUCGCUUGUACCGACCAGUGAAUCCGGGUACUGGUCAUCCAAGUUCUCUACUGGGGCAGGCUACAUCAGCCUGUUCUACGAGGGCCCAGGAAUCCCUUUUCAGAAGGUUGUUUCCACUCCUGUCAAUCCAGAGAAAAUUGACCAGGUCAUGGCGGACAACAAGGCCCUCGCCCAAAUGGCCUCCUCACACGAGUUACCUCAGCAGAUUUUCCAGAACGUCACUUUCGACGGAGAGACACUCCAAGUGGUCGAACGGCGUCCGCCCCAUUUUGAUCCGAAGAAGAAAUAUCCCGUCCUCUUCUAUUUGUAUGGCGGCCCCGGAUCACAAAUGGUCAACCGCAAAUUUCACGUCGACUUCCAAUCUUACAUCGCAGGUGCUCUAGGCUAUAUUGUUGUGACGGUCGACGGUCGAGGAACUGGAUACAUCGGCCGCAAAGCCCGCACGAUUGUCCGCAACGAGCUUGGCAAGUACGAAGCUCACGACCAGAUUGCCACGGCCAAGAUGUGGGCACAGAAGUCGUACGUCGAUGCCUCGCGCAUGGCCAUCUGGGGCUGGUCUUACGGCGGGUUCAUGACCCUCAAGGUUCUUGAGACCGACGCGGGCGAGACGUUCCGGUACGGUAUGGCUGUUGCGCCUGUUACCGACUGGCGCUUCUAUGACUCCAUCUACACCGAACGGUACAUGCGCAUGCCGCAGCACAACGCCCAGGGGUACGACAACUCGGCCAUCUCCAAUGUCACAGCCAUGGCCCAGAACGUACGGUUCUUGAUCAUGCACGGCGUUGCCGACGACAAUGUCCAUAUGCAGAACACGUUGACGCUGUUGGACAAGUUCGAUCUGGCCGGAAUCGAGAACUACGACGUCCAUUUCUUCCCUGAUAGCGACCAUAGCAUUUUCUUCCACAAUGCCAAUCACAUUGUUUGGGACAAGCUGAGCAACUGGUUGAUCAACGCCUUCAAUGGCGAGUGGUACCGCACGGAAGAUCCGAAGCCCAUUGAAGAAGGCAGCCUUGACGGAGAAUAG